AUGCACGAGGGCCACCAUGGAGCCCGCAGAUUCUGGCGCCUAUGCCUCCCCCGAUUAAAAUUUUACAAUCCUGGCGUGGGCGUGACGGUUAAGCAAUUAGACGACGAGGCCGGGCCUGCGAUAUUAUCCAUAUACUCUGCCAAGAAUGCAGAUGGUGCGGCUGUGGCGGGAACAGGGGCACUCGACAGCUUCGCUCCACCCCCUACAGAAUCAGAGACUGUUAAAACGAUCGAUGUGAAAGGCAAGGACGUGGAGCAGAUAUGGGCAGCAUUUAAAUCAGCAACAAAAGCCGAAAAUGUGGAAGUAGCGGAAGAAGAUAAGAAGGAGAUGGAGCUGCAGGCGCAAUUGAAUGCCCAGAGCGAGAUUGAUCGACAGCGAGUAGCUAUGGUUCGAAAGGCGAAGAAGGACCAAGAAGCUAUGUUGGAGGCUGCAAAGGCUGCAGUGGCUAGGCAAAAGCAGGAGGACUAA